AUGACAUCUAUACCAGACGAGACACGUGUCGAAGUAGAAAAUGAAAUUAAAACCACGAAAACCAAAAUACCUAAUAAAAGAAAUACUACCGUUGUUACUAUUCAUGAGAUACUUAAAAUUAAUGAAAUGGAUAAAGGAAAUGUAACAACUGUUGAUGCUGUAGAUAGUAGUAAAGUAAAUGAUACAGAAAAACUUAGUGAAAUUUUAGAUAUAACUGAUCUAGCAGAAUUAAAUAGUAAUGUACCGAAGCAUGACAAGCAUACAUUUAAUAAGCACGUAGAUCGUAGUGAAGGAAGACAAAUUAGCUGGAUCCGAGAAUAUUGGGUGCAGGCUAAUAUGCAUGCUCAAUCCCAGCUGCCGCCUGGUGCAACACCAUUCACUUACGCACCUGACAGAAACAGUUUCAUCCAAUUAGUGUUUUUCCUAGUGCUUAUCAUGCUGAUUUUUACAGCCAGUUUCGUUUAUUAUGUGUAUAAUACUGAUUUGAAGGACACUUUUUUGCAAGCUGGGUUUCUUUUCGGUAUUAUUGGAAUGGUUGGAAUAUUGUGUGUAAGUUAUGCAAUGGCGUGUUCUGCUUGCACAAGAGUCCCUCCUUGCAAUUUUAUAUGUUUGAUGUUGGCGGUGUGUUUCAUGAGUCUUAUUGUAGCAUGGAUAACAGCACGUUACAGAACUCCAUUAGUGUUUGUUGCGUUAAUGGCUACAUCUAUAACUGUGCUAGUUUGUUUGUUAUUGGCUUGCAGUUCUUUUGACUUCACACAAUUUAUGCUAUAUCUUGUGGCUGUAUCAGUUGCUUUCAUGGCUGUGGUGAUGAUGACGAUGAUCGCUCAAAUGGCAAUGGGCAUCUCAUUUAAACCUCUUCAUGUAGUUAUUCUUAUAGUCGGAACUAUAAUCCAAGUCAUUUUUCUCAUAAUGGAACUGCAGAUGAUCAUCGGUGGUAAAACAGUACAAUUGUCUGAAGAUGAUUAUGCAUACGGCGCCUUCAUGUUAUACACGUCGAUAGUAAACCUCUUUCUAAACAUUUUGCAGUUACUUGGUUUUCUAGACGAAUAGCGUUCAAGCUUGACAAGACAUUCAUAAAUACUAGUAUUAGAACUCGAAACGGGAUAUUUACCAUGUUUUUCUAUUUCUAUGAGUUUCCAGUUCAUCCGUGAUCAUGGCGCUUGCAACAGUGCCAAAA